AUGUUCAUGAAGGUGGUGCUCGUGUUAGUUGCGGCGUUCCUCCCGCUGCAGGAAUCGACCGCCCUGCCCUUCAACGGUACUCACCCGGCGUUCCUUAACAGCACCCACCCCGCCAUUCUUAAUGGCACCUGGCCGGGCAUCUUCAACGGCACCCGCCCCGCUGCCCUCAACGAGCGGGAUGAUUACAACCUCCAAGACGUCGUGAUCGGCUGCAACGACGACAAAUGCGCCAUUAAAACGGUGCUUGUCGACGCCAACGCCCCGAAGUACUCUCACACAUGCCCACGGAUGGCCCUGGCGGCAAAGGCCAACUACCUCGAAUUCUGCGAGGAGAAGAGGGACGGCAUGUGCCUGACGCCCAUCAAUACUCCCAAGUGGCCUGAGAUAACGGUGUGCUGCGGCGACUGGGUGUAUGUCGAAGACCCGUACUACAAGGACUACCCCACUAUGCGCGAUCCCGAGACGGGCGAAGAAGUACCCCUCAAGACGGGUGCAGACCUCUACGUGUGGCCUUCCCCAAACGAUUACCUCAAGAAUGACCAAGUGUGGGAGGACCAUCCGGACUGGAUGUUCCGCGAGGUGAUCAAGCCCAACGCAUGGGAGUUCAAGGUCGAACUGCCCGUGUGCGGCCUCUGGGUGCCGCAGUCGGAGCCGCAAUUUCAGUACUUCAUGCAGAACCUCCGGUCGACAUAUCACAUCGACGAGGUGAAGGAGACGGAGGACUCCAACAUGGAUGCAGUCGGGCCACCAGACGACCCAUAG